AUGAGUGGAACAACAAAGGAAUUGGUACAACCUCCUCCUGAACAUUGCCCAGGAACAGAGUCGGCAUCAGCUGGCAAAUCAGAUGCUUGCAAGGGUUGCCCAAACCAACAGAUAUGUGCAGAUGGCCCAAAGGGUCCAGACCCUGACAUUGUCGCGAUAGAGGAGAGGAUGGCAUCGGUCAAGCACAAGGUGUUGGUACUCUCGGGAAAGGGUGGCGUCGGCAAGAGCACAUUCUCAUCGCAGCUCAGCUUUGCAUUGGCUGCGCAACAGGAUACGCAGGUCGGCCUGCUCGACAUUGACAUAUGCGGCCCAUCCAUACCCAAGAUCAUGGGACUCGAGGGCGAGCAGAUACACACAAGCAACCAGGGUUGGGACCCAGUCUACGUCGAGGACAACCUCGCCGUCAUGUCCGUGGGCUUCCUGCUGGACAGCGAGGAGGAGGCAGUCAUCUGGCGUGGACCAAAGAAGAAUGGUCUGAUCAAACAGUUCUUGAAGGAUGUGUUCUGGGGCGAGCUUGACUACCUGGUUGUGGACACACCGCCUGGCACCUCAGACGAGCAUCUCUCCAUCGUACAAUACCUCAAGACUUCCAACAUUGAUGGAGCAGUCAUCAUCACCUCACCUCAAGACGUCUCACUCAUCGAUGUAAGAAAGGAGAUCAACUUCUGCAAGAAGGUUGGUGUCAACAUCAUCGGUGUCGUUGAGAACAUGUCUGGCUUUGUCUGUCCCAAGUGCACUAAAGAAUCACAGAUAUUCAUACCAACAAGUGGUGGCGCAGAGGUGAUGGCAAGAGAGAUGAAUGUUCCAUUCCUUGGAAGAAUACCAAUUGAUCCACUCAUUGCCAGAUCAUGCGACGAAGGCAAGAGUUACCUGACCACCUAUCCAGACUCUGAAGCGACCAAGCAAUAUCGAAUCAUUUUCGAAAAGAUCAAGCAGACUAUCAGCAACAACUACAACAACAAUAACAAUAACAACAAGAGUUAA